GAAACAAAGGGAACGGCGGGGGUGGGGGGGUGGUCCCUGAGGACCGGUGCAGGAAACGCACCAAUCAGCGGUUCCCCGGGGCUCACAACUGUCUGCGGCGCCCGGAAAACUAGCUGGUGCGCGGGGACUCGGGCCUGGCGGUCUCACACCAGCCUAGCCCCUCGGCCCUCCGAGCGGCCCGGGGCUUGCUCGGGGCCCCCCGCGGCUCUAGCACCGACGGCCGAGCCCCAGGUCUCUGCCCCCGCGCGGGGCCCCGGCCGCGGCCAGAGGGAGCGGCCGGAUGGAGCGGAGGAUGAAAGGCGGAUACUUGGACCAGCAAGUGCCCUACACCUUCUGCAGCAAAUCGCCCGGAAAUGGGAUCCUGCGCGAAGCGCUGAUGGUCCCGCAGGGGAAGGUCAUGGACCCCGGCUCCUUACCGCCCCCCGAUUCUGAAGAUCUCUUCCAGGAUCUAAGUCACUUCCAGGAGACGUGGCUUUCGGAAGCUCAGGUCCCAGACAGUGAUGAGCAGUUUGUUCCUGAUUUCCAUUCAGAAAACUUAGCUUUCCACAGCCCCACCACCAGGAUCAAGAAGGAACCCCAGAGUCCCCGCACAGACCCGGCCCUGUCCUGCAGCAGGAAGCCGCCACUCCCCUACCACCAUGGCGAGCAGUGCCUUUACUCCAGUGCCUAUGAUCCCUCCAGACAAAUCGCUAUCAAGUCCCCUGCCCCUGGUGACCCUGGACAGUCGCUCCUGCAGCCCUUUCCCCGGACAGAACAGCAGAGUUUCUUAAGGUCCUCUGGAACUUCUCAGCCCCACCCUGCUGGCCAUGGGUACCUUGGGGAGCACAGCUCCAUCUUCCAGCAGCCCUCGGACAUUUGUCACUCCUUCACAUCCUCUCAGGGAGGGGGCCGGGAGCCCCUCCCAACCCCCUACCAACACCAGCUAUCAGAGCCCUGCGUGCCCUACCCCCAGCAGAGCUUCAAACAGGAAUACCACGACCCCCUGUAUGAGCAGGCGUGUCAACCACCAGUGGGCCCGGGUGGGGUCAAUGGGCACAGGUACCCAGGGGCGGGGGUGGUGAUCAAACAGGAACAGAUGGAUUUCGCCUAUGACACAGAUAUCCCUGGGUGUGCUUCAGUGUACCUUCACACAGAGGGUUUCUCUGGGCCCUCCCCAGGUGAUGGUGCCAUGGGCUAUGGCUAUGAAAAACCUCUGCGACCAUUCCCAGAUGAUGUCUGCGUCGUCCCUGAGAAAUUUGAAGGAGACAUCAAGCAGGAAGGGAUUGGGACAUUCCGAGAGGGGCCGCCCUACCAGCGCCGGGGAGCCUUGCAGUUAUGGCAGUUUCUGGUGGCCCUGCUGGAUGACCCAACGAAUGCCCACUUCAUUGCCUGGACUGGCCGGGGAAUGGAAUUCAAACUAAUAGAGCCUGAGGAGGUCGCCAGGCUCUGGGGCAUCCAGAAGAACCGACCGGCCAUGAAUUAUGAUAAGCUGAGCCGCUCACUCCGAUAUUAUUAUGAGAAAGGCAUCAUGCAGAAGGUGGCCGGUGAGCGUUAUGUGUACAAGUUUGUAUGCGAGCCCGAAGCCCUCUUCUCUCUGGCCUUCCCGGACAAUCAGCGUCCAGCUCUCAAGGCCGAGUUUGACCGGCCAGUCAGUGAGGAGGACACAGUCCCCUUGUCCCACUUGGACGAGAGUCCCGCUUACCUCCCUGAGCUGACUGGCCCUGCCCAGCCCUUUGGCCCCAAGGGCGGCUACUCUUACUAGCCCCAGUGGCUGCUGCCCUGUGUACAUAUAGAAUAACUUGGUGUUGAGGAAACCCCGACUCAGACCCACAGAUGUCUCUGGGGCAGAUCCCUACUGUCCUUGGGCUGCCCUGGCCCACACUCUUGAGCUGCUCACUAGUCAUGGGAGGGCAAAGU